AGGAGUUGGUUCCAGAACGGUCUCAUCCUCUAGCAAACAGUGAAAUGUAACAGUCGGAGAAGUUUCAAUGAUGCAGUUGUGGUGUUUUUUACCGGUAGCAAGUCCAUUUGAGGUUUCAAGUUUCAGGUUUAGUAUUGAGUAGAGUUUACGCAGCUUUAUGAUCCUUUGCUUUACCGUUGGAAAAACAAGCCACCCUCUCCACUCCAGCUCAAUCAUCACCCGUUUACUACAGACAGGCGGUGCUAAACAAUUGCAGCGCACAUCAACCCAGGGAGCUCCGUUCUCUCUAUAUAACGCAUCCAAAUCCUCAAGACCCGAAACAGUGCGCCCCCGUUCUGAAUUUCCCACACACAAUCACCCACAUCACAGCCCCGUUUCAACUCAUCACACGCCACUACACCACCUUUCAAAAGGCCCUCAUCAUCACACGAUCGAGCUAGCGGACUAGAGGGAUCGAGCAGCAUCUAAUCUAAGCUAGGUAGCCAUGGCAUGCAUCAACAUGUACAACCCGGACGGCGGCGCGGCGUUCGGCGGCGCCGGGCAGCCAGGCCCGCGCAUAUCCUUCUCCAGCGACUUCUCCAUGGAGCCCCCGCCGCCGGUGCAGAACCGGGCAAUGGGGCUGCGGUGCCAGGAUCAGGAGGACCAGAACUUCGAGUUCUCCGUGGGGAGCCACCCCAUGAUGGCCGCUGACCAGCUCUUCUCCAAGGGCAGGAUCCUCCCCUUCAAGGCCGCGGACGGCCGCCCGCCCACCACGCUCCGGGACGAGCUCGUCCGUGCCGAUGACGACAGGGCGUCGGCGGCGUCGCCCAGGGGGUCCAGCCGGUGGAGGGAGAUGCUCGGCCUAAGGAAGUCGCUCUGCGUCGGCGGCGCCAAUGCCGCUGCCUCUAACGCUAAGAAGAGCGACAGAGUCGUCGCCCUCGAUGCCGACAUGGCCACCGACAUCGCCGCGUCGUCCAAGCAGGAUCUAUGAGGUGACAGAUCGAUGGGGAUCGAUUCGAUUAGACGCCACGAAGAUCUUCUUGUUCUUCUUCUCCCGUGCGAUCUCUCCUGUCGUGAUCAUCAUCGAUCUCUUCUUGCUUGUCAAUGGCAACUAGUUCUUGUAGAUUGUUUUGGGUUGCCUCAUUUCUAAGUGUGAUACUCCAGCAGUCCAGCCAGCUAGAUGACCAGUGUGUGUUGAAGAGCAAACGAUUCUGUAAUUUCUUUUUCCCUUCCAUAAGUGCUCUGUCUAUCUAGCUAGCUGUCCUCUAGAUCCCCAUCGCUUCAUCCCAAUCUUCUUUUUUUCCUUCACAUCUUUUGGUUCGUUUACCUGCCCAGCCGGCCUGUACAUAAUGCUUGUGUAGAUGGGAAAAAUUUAUGGUGCAAUGAUUAGCUUUGCCAGAUGGCCAGAUCUGUGACGACAUGAGCUCCUCGCAGCCAUGGAGCUAAAGCCUUUCUGGCCUGUGGGGAUCAUGCAACUGUGUGCUCCUUUGUCUCCUUGCUCUGCUGUAUGUGAGUUUAUAAAGGCAGACAAGAGCCACAGAAGGAGUGCGUGCGCUGUGAGAAGGAAGACGAAGAAAUGAAGAGCAGCUAAUCAAUCUAAGCUUAGCUCCCCGACAUGUCCUCUCCCCUGCACGAUGCAUCUUCAAUUCCCUGGGUAGGGUAUAUACCAGCGUUAAUUAUUGUAUUACUCUAGGCUCUAGCUGCGGCCAAUGGUUGAACUUUGCCAUGCCUCUUUACAGAGGAAAUUUUAAAAUGGGGGAGGGGUUAUACAAA